CGCGCUGCUGCCCGUCCACGAUGUGGCUCCGUGCUCUGGUCCUGACCUCUCUCGCCGCUUGCACGGCUUGGGGUCAUCCAUCCUCACCGCCUGUGGUGGACACUGUUCAUGGCAAAGUCUUGGGGAAGCAUGUCAGCUUAGAAGGAUUUGCACAGCCUGUGGCCGUCUUCCUGGGAAUCCCUUUUGCCAAGCCGCCUCUUGGACCCCUGAGGUUCACUCCACCGCAGCCUGCAGAACCAUGGAGCUUCGUAAAGAACACCACGUCUUACCCUCCUAUGUGCUCCCAAGAUACAUUGGUGGGACAGGUGCUCUCAGAACUUUUUACCAACAGAAAGGAGAACAUUCCACUCAAGUUUUCUGAAGACUGUCUUUACCUAAAUAUUUACACUCCUGCCGACUUGACAAAGAAAAGCAGGCUGCCGGUGAUGGUGUGGAUUCACGGAGGUGGUCUGAUGGUGGGCGGGGCAUCAACCUAUGAUGGGCUGGCCCUCUCUGCCCAUGAAAAUGUGGUGGUGGUGACCAUUCAGUACCGCCUGGGCAUCUGGGGCUUCUUCAGCACAGGGGACGAACACAGCCGGGGGAACUGGGGUCACUUGGACCAGUUGGCUGCACUGCGCUGGGUCCAGGAGAACAUUGCCAACUUCGGAGGGAACCCAGGCUCUGUGACCAUCUUUGGAGAGUCAGCGGGAGGUGAAAGUGUCUCUGUUCUUGUUUUAUCUCCCUUGGCCAAGAACCUCUUCCACCGGGCCAUUUCUGAGAGUGGCGUGGCUCUCACUUCUGUUCUGGUCCAGAAGAAUGUAAAUCCCAGGGCUAAGCAAAUUGCUGUCACUGCUGGGUGUGAGACCACCACCUCAGCUGUCAUGGUUCACUGCCUGCGCCAGAAGACAGAGGAUGAGCUCUUGGAUGUGACACUGAAAAUGAACUUUUUUGCUCUCGAUUUACAUGGAGAUCCCAGAGAGGUCUAUUCCUUCAUGCCCACUGUGAUUGAUGGUGUGCUGCUGCCCAAGACACCUGAAGAGAUUCAGGCUGAAAAGAAAUUCAACACUGUCCCCUACAUCAUCGGCAUCAACAAGCAAGAGUUCGGUUGGCUUCUUCCAAUGAUGAUGAACUUUCCACUCCCUGAAAGCAAACUGGACCAGCAGACGGCCACGUCACUCUUGUGGAAAUUCUACCCCAUUUUUAACAUCUCUGAGGAACUGACUCCGGUGGCCACUGAGAAGUAUUUAGGAGGGACAGAUGACCCCGUCAAAAAGAAAGACCUGUUCCUGGACUUGCUUGGAGAUGUGGUAUUUGGUGUCCCAUCUGUGAAUGUGGCCCGUUCCCACAGAGAUGCCGGGGCCCCCACCUACAUGUAUGAGUUUCUGUAUCGCCCAAGCUUCUCAUCAGCAAUGAAACCCAAGACAGUGAUAGGAGACCAUGGGGACGAGCUCUUCUCUGUCUUUGGGGCCCCGUUUUUAAAAGAGGGUGCCUCAGAAGAGGAGAUCAAACUCAGCAAGAUGGUGAUGAAAUUCUGGGCCAACUUUGCUCGGAAUGGGAACCCCAAUGGGGAGGGGCUGCCCCAUUGGCCAGAGUACGACCAGAAGGAAGGGUACCUACAGAUUGGCGCCACCACCCAGGCAGCCCAGAAGCUGAAGGAUAAGGAAGUGGCUUUCUGGACCGAGCUCCUGUCCAGGGAGGCAGUGGAGAAGCCACGCCAGACAGAACAUACUGAGCUGUGAAUGGGAGGCCCAGCCAGCCUGUGAGGCUGUAGGAGCUAAGAGAGGGAGGGAGAUUCUACAGAAGGUGUUCAUAGGCCGAAGAGGCAUCUUAUCAUGGAGGCUGGAGAAUUGUCUGGUGAGGGUGGGCAGAGGCCAAGGAGGAGGGAUUUUUGCACUCGUGGUUUUAAUUUUGGGAA